GACUGUAUCUAGUUGUAUGUCACGUCGCGCUUUUGUAGAUCGCUAGUCGCCACCUUAAACACCAAUGAGUAUUUUCUACUAACUGGUUCUUUAGCUGGCGGCUGGCUAUUCACAGUGGUGGUUUCCAGUGCGGGGCGUUCUAUAGAGUCUACUUACUUCCGCUUUGUUGUCGUUCCCCCCGCUUCAGUUCAUUCGUUCGCUCAGCAAGUUCAUUUGCUUACGCUUUGUCUCGCCCUUAUGUCCCAGCGACAUCAUUGCGGGAGGCAGCGGACAACCUGAGCGGCUUUGCCAUAGCUCGCCAUGGCGAUCGAGGGGGGAAGCAUGCCUUCCCGAAUGAAGUAUGGGGCAGUCGCGUCUCUAGCAGUCGUUUUGUUGGCGUACUGGUACCGAUCCCCGGUUCAAGACGCACUGUUGGACCAAAGGCUUGAUACUGUGUUGUCCUCCCUGCUGAAAGCUGAACGCAAAGUGGGCAUGAACAGUUUUUCCAGACCCAGGGUGGCCGUAGGAUUCGGGGGGUGCGUGGACAUCAUCGUGGACGGAGUGGCUCUGCUGAACAAGAUCGGCCUGCAGCCCAGUGCCCAGCCGCAUCACCACGACUACAUCCAGAACGCCCAGCAGCUGGCCGAGAGCUUCGCCUACUUCUUCCCCCCAGGCGCCGCAUCAGAGAGGUUUGUGAAGAACCGCACCCUCUUCACUCAGCUGGUGGAGGCCUCCCGGGAGCUGCUGGACAACCGCUGGUCGGUGGGGGGCAACGCCCCCGUCAUGGCAAGCCGAAUGGCCGUGGAGGGGUGCGACGUGCUCCUGGGGGGAAGCUUCAGCCCUGAGCUGACUGAAGUCCUCUCACACCGAAUCACCGUGGCAGGUAAGGCAGUGGAGGAGCCGGAUAUCCACCUGAUCCUGGAGUACCCUGCAGGGGCCACCUGGGGGCAGUAUACCUCACGAAGGGCCAACAGAUACAUCAUCCACAGCGACGAACACAACCCAUACCUGGCGUCCAUGGAGGACUUCGAGAGGAAGCUGCAGGAGUUCCAACCUGACCUGCUGGUGGUGGGCGGGCUUCAGAUGAUGGACAGCUUCCCCUUCAAUCAAGGUGAGCGCCGGGCCCUGUUGGGCCGCCUGGCGGGGGUGCUCUCCUUAGCGUCCCCGGCGACAGGGGUGCACUUCGAGAUGGCAAGCUUUGUGGACGAGGCCCUGCUGGGCGAGCUGCUGGAGCUGGUGCUGCCGCACGCCGACUCGCUGGGCAUGAAUGAGCAGGAGCUGCCCAACCUGCUCAGCCUUCUCCGUGGCAGCAGCGUCACCGUCCUCUCCGACCCCUACCCCCGCGUGGCCACCGUCCUUGACCAGAUGAGGGAGCUCUACCGCCUGGUCAACCUGCGGUGGGGGGGCGGCGACGGGCGCAGGCUCACCCGCCUGCACGUCCACACGCUGGCCUUCCAGGCCAUGAUGGUGGGCCGCGGCUCGCGCUGGAAGAACACCGUGUCGGCCGUCGCCAAGGCGUCGCUCACCGCCAACCGCCACGUGUGCGGCUCGUCGGACAUCGACCCCGGCAAGGCCAAGCUGAUUAUGGACGAGUCAUUCUCAGUGAGCCGGCGGGAGGGAAGCCGCCGGAUCCCGCUGCGCGAGACCCGGCCCGUUGCCUGCUGGGAUGAAGACGACUACCAGGUGUGCGUGGCACCCGUGCUGGUGUGCACCGACGUGUACCAGACCGCGGGGGGAGGGGACAACAUCUCGGCCGCUGGCCUGGUGCUGCAGAUAUAAGGGACCACACCACCGUAGAGGGACCACACCACCGGGUUGCCUUGUUGUAGGGAAUCACACCACCGGGUUGCCUUGUUGUAGGGAAUCACACCAGUGGGUUGCCUUGUUGUAGGGAAUCACACCAGCGGAUUGCCUUGCUGCACCAGGCUGCCAGCCAAUGUGAAGACUUCUUUCAUUAGGUUUUUAUUUUGUUUGUUUUAGGCUUGUCAGGGAUUUCUAGUGCAAUACGUAAAAAAAAGGAUGCAGUUCAGUGUAUUUUCAGUCAUAGGCCUGAGGUGGAAUUUCAGCCUUGAUGCAGUUUUUGGCCUUCGGAAGUCAUAAGUCUGCUUUCCAUCCGCACCUUCAUCUUAGACCUCUGCUAUUUCUCAUCUAACUCUUAUCCGGUCACUUUUUUUUGAGUGUUGUUUACUAAUAAGCACUUCAUCUCUGUUUAAUUCUGGUUAAAUAUACCAUGCCAUUUUAACAGCAUUCACUUAAGCUGUGUGGAAUUCUGCUUAAGUAUCAGCAUGUUUUUUUUUUCACUAACGCUGACUUAAGCUAUGUUGAAUCAUGUUAAACCUUUGAGUUCAAAAUUUUAAGUCUGUUAAUCCCAGCCAGGGGUCUGCCUGACUCUCACUGAAGCACUCAACCACUGAACUAGCGAUGGGAGAGUGAGGCUUCAUGAAUCCCCUAAUGGGUGUCACUACCACGUGCUGACAAUCACUGGCUCAUAUGAACGAAUCAAAAGGCUUGGCAUUCCACAGCAAAACAAUAUAAUUGGUUGACAUCAAUGAUUGACCUUCACAUUAAAUUACAUUGUCAUUCAGCGAACACUCUUAUCCAGGGCGAAUUACAUAGGUUAC